AUGAGGUCUCGAGAGAAUAACAACACAGAGGCCAGCGGAGAUGCCUCUAGAACCAGAGAAUCAAAGAAACCUGCCACUGAUUCUACCAAGACCGGAAAUCCCAAGGCUAGCCCUUCAAAUCCUCCCGCUUCUAACUCUUCGCAACCUUCCGAUCGUUUCAUUACUAGCACUGGAAAUUCUAGAAUACAUCCUAAGUAUGGCACUCGGGGUCUCCCCAAGCCUUCCCCUGGCAGCUUUCCAGAACCUAGAGAAUCACCCGCUGCCAGCUCUUCAAAAUCCACCAAAAUCCCCACUACUAAUGCUUCUAUCCCCAAACCUACCAAACCUCCCACCGUCGUUGCAAGCUCUUCGAAUUCCACCAGCGGAUCCGGAUCUGCAGGCAGAACGGACCCCCCAAAGAAAAAGAAGACACCUCUCAUGUGCCCAGGAUUGCACUGCAGGUUCGUAACUUUUUCCAAAGAGGAGGACCUUGAAAAGCAUAACCAGGACGAGCAUCCGAAAAAACGAUAG